AUGUCACCACCUUCCAAAACUUCCGGUAAAAAUUUGGAAUCCGAAAGUAUCUUACAAGCCGUCGUUCUUGCUGAUAGUUUCAACGAACGUUUCCGUCCUAUAACUCUUGAUACGCCACGUUGCCUUUUACCGCUUUGCAAUACGCCACUCAUUGAAUAUACCUUAGAACUUCUUGCAGUUGCUGGUGUGCAAGAGGUUUAUUUAUUUUGUAAAGAACACUCUGAAACAAUAAAUAAUUAUAUCAAAAAAUCAAAAUGGAGUCGAUCAUAUUUUCCAAUAAGAAUAAUUACAAUUGUAACGCCCGAAGCACGUUCAGUUGGCGAUGCAUUACGAGAAUUAGACGCGAAACAAUUAAUCAAUUCCGAUUUUAUUCUCAUAAACGGUGACGUAGUAUCAAACAUACACCUAGAAAAAGUUUUGGAAGCUCACAGAGAUCGAAAAUCUGUUGAUGGCAAUACAAUAAUGACAAUGGUAGUUAAAGAAGCAAGUCCUUUUCACAGGACAAGAUCUUUAGGCGAAUCCCCAAUUUUCGUACUAGAUACGAAAACUAAUGAAUGCGUUCAUUGUGAAUCAGUGGAACUUUAUCCGCGUAAACGUCGUAUGACUAUGGAUAUGGAAAUUGAUAUUUGUUCAGUAGAGGUACCAGCUUUAUUCACAGAGAAUUUUGAUUAUCAAGAUAUUCGAAAGGAUUUUGUUCAUGGUAUUUUGACAUCUGAUUUAUUGGGAAAAACCAUUUACUGUCAUCUUGUUAAAGAUGUUUAUGCUGCAAGAGCACGAAAUUUGCAUACAUACGAUGCUAUUAGUAAAGAUGUAUUGUCGCGAUGGACUUAUCCUAUUGUCCCUGAUAGUAAUCUGCAAGAAGGAGAUAGCUAUGAAUUUAUGCGUGGACACAUUUAUAAAGAAAAAGAUGGUUCAUUAUCAAGAUCCUGCUCACUCGGUGAAAAAGUAUUGAUAGGUGCCGGUACUGAAAUUGCUGAAAAUGUUAAAAUAACAAACUCUGUAAUUGGUCGAAGAGUUACAAUAGGGCCAAAUGUUGAAAUAAAUGGUGCUUAUAUUUGGGAUGACGUGGUUAUCGGACCUAAUGUGACAUUGGAACCAUAUACAAAGCUAACAAAACAUAAGAAAACAUCAGAGUCUGAUAAUGAAGGGGAGGAGUCAAAUGAAGGUGCCUAUGACUCUACAUUAAUUGGUGAAAAAGGGCAAGGAUAUAUUUGGACGCAUGAUAUCUCCAAUAUAACUCUUACUGAUAGUGACUCUCCGCCAUCGGUAAUAUAUGAUUCCUCUUCAGACGAACUAAGCGAUUCCGAUGAAUCAACAACCGAAGAAGAAUCUUUAAAAGAAUUCUUUAAAGAGGUUUCCCAAACACUCGAACGAGCUUUCUUGGAUGGUCAUACGGUGGAUAUUGCUUCAUUGGAAUUAAAUACUUUGAGGAUGGCUUCAAAUACAACAUUUCAUGAUUUACGAGUUGGAGUAAUACCUACGAUAUUAGGACAAGUCGAUAAUGAAAAUUUUUUAACUAGUACAGAAGAAGUAAAUGUUGUUCAAUAUAAGAGAAUAUUGGAAAAGUGGGGACCACUUAUUGGAAAAUUAAUUCAUUCAAGACAAGAUCAAAUCGAUGCCUUACAUAUAUUACAGGAUCAUUGUGCAAAAACACAACAUCAUGUUAAACUUUUCGCGCCUACAAUCAAGAAACUAUAUUUAUUGGAUAUACUUGAAGAGGAUGCAAUUCUUGAAUGGAAUUCAUCUGAACUUGCUGAUGAUGAUCCAUCAAAAUCUAAUAUAAGAAAGAAGGCACAAGCUGAAGUUGAGGAUUCUGACGAUGAUGACUAA